AGGCAUACAGUUAAGGACCAAGGCAAAAUCCCUUGUGAAGCGCCGGCGAGUGUGGUUACCAUUGCGCUACCUGACACUUCGGCCGUGUUGCAACAGCGUCUCUGUGAUAAGAUUUUGGAUAUAAGUGUUGGCUGCAAGGCAGCAGUAGAAGACUCAGGCACGACGUCAAACCUGCUCCUACCACAGUUACUCCAGGCACUUGAACACACCGGCACCACCACAGAACACAUCUGCACCAUUCUUGACAACACAGGUGCAGCAGAAGCCACAGCUGAAUCACUAUAUCGCUCAGCUGUUCUCCGUCAGCUGCACAGCGUCUUCAACAUGACCAAGCGGCUGCUGUUAGUGCCACUCUCGGUGGCGUGGGUGUCGGCGCUGUUCUGCGUUACCCAGGUCCUCUCUGCUGGAAAAUGUGACCCUGAUUGUGCUGGCAAGAGCCCUCAAGAUCUGGUUCAGAAUCAUGUUGACUGCACUAAGUAUUACGUUUGUUUGGGGGACGGAAUCGUCUCGCAAGUUUCUCUGGAUUGUCCACUUACUGAAUAUUUCGACGAAAAUGCACUUAUCUGUGAUACUCCUAACACAGCUGGUAAAUGUAACUGGGAUGAAUGCGUGCCAAACACUUGCCGUUUAGCAUGCACCGAAGUGCCGGACAUAAUCGCAGACAAAAAUAAUUGUAGUAGGUACUAUUCUUGCAAUGCUGACAGGAAUGUUCAGGGGCCAAAUGACUGUCCUGUUGCUAACCCUUAUUUUGACAGCCAGACCCAGAAAUGCGUGUCUGACCCAACUGUGUGCUGUGACCUGUGCAUUGCUUACUGCCCUACUUAUUUGGCAGAGAUACCAGACCCCUACGACUGCAGUAAGUACUACAUGUGCCUACAGGAUGGAAAAGUUGACGAAACGUAUCAUUACACCUGCCCUUCAGGAGAAACGUUUGACCCAACAGCAGGUCAGUGUGUGCUUAGCGACGGUUGUACUCCACUGUGUGGUGCCAGUUCUAACUGCCAGGAUUCUAUGACGUGUACGUCAGUGGGCUUCUUCCCCAAGUGCACAACGUGUGAGAAGGAGUACUUCCGUUGUCAGAACGUCGGACAGCCAGGCAUCGUUGGAGCCUGUGAAGAUGGCCAGGUCUUCAACACGGACCCCUCCUACCCUUACUGUAUCCCUCCCGGGGAUUGUCCCCACCAUCCAUAACUCCAAUUCCUAUCCAUCACCAACUGCAAUUCACCACCCACUGUCCUCCACCAACCACUGCCCUCCACCACCCACUGUCCUCCACCAACCACUGUCCUCCACCAACCACUGCCCUCCACCACCCACUGCCCUCCACCAA